AAAUAUCUUAUUAGACCAACAAAUUAAAGGGUCGUAAUAUGUUUCGUGCUAUUGUGAGAUUAGUUCUCGAAUUUAUAGAAUGGUUGACCGAAGAAAUUAUAGUUGAAGAAAUUACCGACGACGUUGCAAUUAGUAUCAAAAUGACUAGUAAAUUGAUUGAGAAGAAAGUCGAAAAAAAAGUAUUGACCUUGCAGGAUCGUUCUAUCUUGCUAAUAAAUCCAUUUGAGAGGUCAUCAUCCGAUAAGACUUACAUUUAUGAAUUAUUCAAAAAAUUACAAAUAUUUCGAAAAUAUCCGGAGGAGCAUAGAAAAUUGUUGACAUCUGAAUGUCUUUAUCAGUAUUUACCACGAAAUCGUGUGAUCGUUCGUCAAGGUCACGAGGCUUGGAAUCUUUACUUUAUCAUUAAUGGGGAGGUCAACUUGUCGAGAGUCGUUACCGAUAAUAUUACCGGUGAAACCAUGGAAGUUGAUAUGGGUUCUAUGCAUCCGGGAGACAUAUUUGGUGAAAUUGCAUUGUUACAUAAUAUACCAAGAACAGCUACGAUAGUGACUAAAACUCCGGUAGAUUUGAUACUUAUCAGUCUCGAAGAUUUCAAUGAAAUAUUACGAGAUAAUUUAAUGAAUGAAUGGAACCUUUUGCAAGACGCUCUGGUCAAUUUCAAUUACUUUAAAUUAUGGGACGAAGAAACUAUACGAGAGUGUUGCAUUUUGAGCAAGCUGAAACAUUUCCAAGCCAACGAGGUAUUGUUAGGUGACGGAAAAGGUAUGGUCAAUUAUGUACAUUUUUUAUUGGAAGGUGAAUGUCGUAUGAUAGAACAUAUACUCGUUAGAGAGAAACCUACUAUCCAAGAAAUGAAAUACGAAUUGUACGACUCGAAAACUGUAUCAAAAUUAAACAAAAAUAAGAAAAAUAUUGACACUAAUGAAAUUAAACAAAAAGAAUCAAAAGUCGAUAAUGACGUGGGCGAUGAUUGGACCAAAGUAGAGUCAAGCGAUACGAUGAUGGACUAUACUCAAGUUAUAUUAUCCAAAAGAGCAGAUUACAAGCAUGUUGAUCUGGAACGUAUGAGUAUCGUGACAGCCACGCUUCUAGAUGUUGUGAACGAAUGGCAUGAGAUAACGGAUGUUGCGGAAAUGUUGAUGAGAGAACCAUCGGUUUUGUUACAAAGUUAUCCGAAAGACGUUCGCACGAUAUUUAUGCAAGUGUGCAUAUUUUAUAGGGGUGCCUGUUUUGGAAUAGGCGAGAAAAUGGAUAAUCGAAGAAUCGUAUCCAUAACUCCUGUACGAUGUCUCCUUAUUCCACGAUAUUGGCUAAUGAAACAUAAUUACGCAAACAUUUGGCACAGAGUUAGAUUAUUUAUGGAUUCGAAAUUUUUAAACAGUCAGGAAUUGUUUAAAGAGUUCGUCAAAAAUAGAAAAUGGAUACAGUAUAAAAGGAAGUUAGUCAACGAUAUCAUUAAAAAAGGCCGACGUUCUCGUAAUUGUGCAACUAUAUACGACGUACCGUAUUCUAUUAGAAUCUCAGAAGAAAUAGAUCCGAAGUUAUAAUUUGUAUAUAUAAAAUUACAUUUGGAUGUAACGACUAACGCAAUAUGUGAAUGUUUAUUUUAUUUUUAAUUUAUAUUUGCUUAUAUCUUAUAUUAAAAAGAAAUUUUUA